GUCAAGCCAACGUGUGGUGCGCUGCCUGUGCAAACACCUCGCGGCAAGCAAACCUACCUCACCUCACCUAACCGCCCAUCUUUAUUCACAAGGCAUCUACCCACACUAAGCGUCCAUCAACAAACAACAGAAACAACAACAAUCAAAAAUGGUCGACCUUGGAUCACACAUUCGCCGUGGCCACCCCGCCGCCUUUGGUCUCUUGGCCUUCAUCUCCCUCAUCGUGGGAAUCAUCUCGGCCGUCAUCACUGCCGACUAUGAGAACAAUGAUACUGGUGCCAAUGGAAACUACACUGGUCUCGUCACUCGUGUGCACUUUGCCGUAUUCUACGGUUGGUGGACUUUCGUCUUCAGCAUCAUCUACCUCGCUCUGUUCCUGACUGGUGUUGGUGGCGUCGUUACCUCGAUUGCAGGUCACGGAAUCUGGCUGCUCCUCACCUGGAUCUUCUGGCUGGCAGGUGCCGGUGCUCUGGCUGACACCCUCGGCACCAGCUGUGGUACUUCGCGCUACUACUACUGCAACUCGCUCCAGGCACUCCACGCCUUCAGCUGGAUCGGUUGGAUCCUCCUCACCUUGAUGCUCGUCGUCGUGGCUGCCAUUGGUGGUGGAGCAUUCCGAGGCGGUCGAGGUCUCAAGGACGGUCUGUCCGAGGCCUAAAGCGCUAGUCUCCUAGAGACGGUGGUCUUGAAUUGAGAACUCCCUGCCAAGCGGGCCUCGGUACAUCCACCGUGCCAUCACCUCCUUUCUUCACUCGGUGCUGCGCUCCCUAUACCAAUCUCCUCCUC